UCUCUCAGUCAUUUAGCUGGGUGAUCUUAGCAAGUCAUUCAUGCUGAGCCUGUUUUCUCAUCAGUAGAGUGGGCUUAUGGACAUCAAUGUCCAGAGUGAGGUCUACUCAGAGGUCAGGUGAGAGGAAGUGUGGUCUUUAGUCUAAAGCUGAUAUGAACUAGAAUCUUCUAGGGCAAGACCCCACAUCCCACCCCAAGCUGAGACCAGGCCCCAUGGGUCGCUAGGCAACCCUUGUAGUGAGCGAUAUGUGUCAGCUGUCAUCAUGGGGGACUGGUUUGUUCCAGGGGACUGAGUCAGCACCAGGCAGCCUGGGGGGUGGGAGGUGCAACACCCGCUGCCUGCUGGUGGUGCCAACUCAAGGGCAGACAGACGGCACCCUUCCGUUCCCUCCUGGGCCCUGUUGCUGUGCCUGUCAAAUGGGGCGCUUGCCCAGAGUCAAUGAGAAGAUGGGGGAGGGGACCCAGAUGGCUCCAGCUCCCUCCAGGAAGCCCAUGUUCUUUCUCUCUGAGCCUUCUGGAAUCUGGGAUUUUGGGGGUGGUGGGCCUGCUGCUGCUCCUUGGGCUGGAGGGGAGUGGAGGGGGCCCUAUCAGUUUCCCCAGGCGGCCCACCUUCCCCAGGUCAGUUCCUCUCCUUUAACAUCUGCUCCUGCAGAAGUGCCCCCUUCUGAGGAUACUGCCACCUGACCAGGUAGUCUUGGGAUACAGUCCAACAGAAAAAUACUUAGACCCCUCUACCUUACUUCACCAAUGCACAAGCUCUUCGGAUUUGGCUCCUAGAGAGCUCUACAAUUCAUCCACACCUCUCCAUCUCUACGGUCACUCUGUCCACUCAGACAACCACUAUCCCUUCCUGGACACUCCAACAAGCCCCCUCACUCUAGCCUGAGUAUAACAAAAUGGUUAGUAUUUCAACUCUGUAUUAAAAUCCUGACUUAUCACUGUGUGGCUUGGACAAAAUGUUGUCUCAGCUUCCUCUGCAAAACAAAUGAAAAUACUAGCACUUAAGUCAUUAGAUUAUUACAAGUGUUCAUUGAAUAAACAUAAAUCCAGUUGAGUGUCUUGGCUAUGACUGAGCCAGCUUGUACCCCCACCAAUCCUAAGGCACCAGUCUGACUGCCCCAUCUGUUUCUUUGUAGCCCUCAGUAGCUCCCAUUACUCUUGUAUUGAAGCCUCAACUCUUAGUCUGGCCACCUACGUCUGGCUGUGUGUGCUGACCUCUCCAGCCUCAUUUUGUAACAUCCCCUCCUUCCCACACUCACUUUUACCCCAGGCCAAUGAAUCUGCAGCUGCUUCCUGAAUGUUCUUUCAAUCCUCUAUGCUUUUGUAUCUGCUAUUCCUGCUGCUUAAACUGCUUUUCUUCCAUUUGUUCACCAAACGCCUACUUAAGAGUCAGCCUGAACCCCUAUGCUCCCCCUCACAGGAUCCUGCUGAUACCCCACAUCCCUGAUCACCUCCAAUGUAGUUCUGAGUCCUCCCCCAAACCUGGGGCUCCUCCCUGGCAAGAGCUGCUGCCCAGAUCUCAGGCUCUGGUGCUUAGCACAGGACCCAGCAGAAAAGGGGCCACGUUUUAGUUUUAGGAUGUUUGGGAAGUGUAGUGGAAAUGGGCCAAAACAAACAUUAAGACACUGGGGGUGGGGGGAAGACACUAGAAUUCCUUUCUGUGUGGUCAUGUGACCUUGAACCAGGUCUUGUCCUUCCCUGGACCCCAGUUCUACACCUUGCCAAAAGCUCCAUCUGACCCGGUCCCCAUGUAUAAAUUCCUAUCCCAUGAAAGGAGGGAAUCCUGCCUUAGCUGUUGCCCCCACCCUGAUGGGCACACGCCCCUCCCUCAGAUCAUAGCCUUUGAUGAGCUGCGGACUGACUUCAAGAACCCCAUCGACCAGGGGAACCCAGCGCGGGCUCGCGAGCGUUUAAAAAACAUUGAACGUAUCUGCUGCCUGCUGAGAAAGCUGGUGGUUCCAGAAUACUCCAUCCACGGCCUCUUCUGUCUGAUGUUUCUGUGUGCAGCAGAGUGGGUGACUCUGGGCCUCAACAUCCCCCUCCUCUUCUACCACCUCUGGAGGUACUUCCACCGUCCUGCAGAUGGCUCUGAGGUCAUGUAUGAUGCGGUCUCCAUCAUGAAUGCUGACAUCCUCAAUUACUGCCAGAAGGAGUCCUGGUGCAAACUAGCCUUCUACCUGCUCUCCUUCUUCUAUUACCUGUACAGUAUGGUUUAUACGUUGGUGAGUUUCUAAGGGGGAAGCCGGCCAGGGAGCGAGCCCAGAUCGGACCGGACGCCUGUGCACCCCCAGCCCUGCCCCUCGGCCGAAGAGGCCUCAGCCCUGGGGAGGGAGGGGGCACUGGUGCCCCCAGCCUCUCCAUCCCCCAAACUGCUGCUGCGGGGACCCCCCCCCCCGCCUUCAGAGCCCGCCCCCUUGGACUAGGGCCAGGCAGGGCUCUAAUUAGGGGCAGGGGCUCCUCUGCCAGCGUGCAAUUAGGCAUGGCAGUUAAUCCUGGAAGGGGUGGGACUUUGGCUUGUCCACUUUGGAGGGGGGAAGACUUGGACCCUGCCACCAGGCAGAGCUUGAUCCUGGAAAUUCUGGGCCACCCCCCCUCAACCCUCACCCUGAGGCUCCCCCUGCAGGUGGGGGGCACCCACACCGGGAAUGAGCAGGCUCAGCAGGGGGUAGCCCCACCCCUAGUCUGCCCUCUCCCCUCCCUGGACUCUCUCCAGCCCCAUCUCCACUUGCCCCAAUCCCAGCCUACCCUGUCUCUUAGACCUAUUUUCUAUGUUGCCUGGAGGCACCCCUUCCCUGGCCAUUUGUGACAAAAUAUGAAUAAACUACUGCA